GGAAGUCCGUCUAUUACGCAGAUGGAAAUUCGGGCGCCCUCUCACCAGUGAGCUGCUGAUUAAAAAGUGUGAUCUGGCAUCUGCAGCUGUUCCAAUGGUUGAGUGGUUUUUCUUUCAUUCAUUGUCAAAACACCUUGUGUUGCAGAGUUUCUCUCAUUUAAGCCAAGGCAGUUCUUGUGGCUUCAGACCUUACGUGGAUUCAUUUUAAUGUUUCAUGCCAGCAGUUCAAUUAUUUACCAUAAUGGUCUUUUUCUUGAUUGCUAGCUUAAUACACCUUAUCCUUUCUCAUCCUGGUAUGGUGCUGUAUACAUUAGCUCAACAGUCUGUGGUCCCAAGUCUUAACCACUCACCAGAGUCAAACGAUGACAUAAGUAAAUGGUCACAGCGCAUAGUGGACCAAACUGUCGAUGCUGAGGUGAAAAACAAACAUUUUGCAGCUGGAGGAGUCUCAGAGAUGCCUCCAGAUCUUCUUUGGAAUUGGCUUAGUCUUCAACCGUCUCUUUUAGGACCGAAGGUAACUGUGAAAUCGGAAUCAGCCAAACCGAUUCUUACCAGUUCAGGUUCACGUGCUGCCAUCACCAAGGACUCCACCACGUCUUUUUCAGCAGCUUCAGACACAUACAUCUACACAUCUACCCGGUUUCUCAAAACUUUGUUUUCUACGAGUACAAGCAACAAUGUACUAUUCAAAACGAAAAAUCCCCAAAAUCUGCACCUAAAAAAUUAGUGUCAACAUCCACGGUCACACCUGGACAAGAAGUCGGUAACAGUUUGACGUCGCAUGGUGUAGGAAGUAGUGCGCACGCGUCUUUACUAACAGUCACACUUGGACAGCCGAAUAGAAGCCAUUCGUCACCGUCAGUUCCAAAGAGCGCUGACACCUUUACUUCAUCACUUACGCGGGACUAUGUACCAAUUCAGGCAAAUUCAACUCUUGCCACACCGAGCCCAAAAGUCGCCAUGAAAAUAAACACAACAAAAGCGUUCGUGUUUGUAGGAAUAGUGCUGGGCCUUGUGGCCAUGGCGAUCACUGUUGCGAUCGUUAUAAAAAAGAAUAUUGGCCAAUGGACAUGUCUUCGGUGAACAAAAGAUUAAACAAGUCCCCAAUCAGACUAUUCAGGUUGUAAAAAAUGAUAAGUGCGAGGUAAAGACAAAACGUAUGGACAGUAAAAACUUGUUUCCUGCUGCUGAUCAGUCAA